AUGUAUCAUCGGAUCGCAGUUCCCUACCAUAUCAAACAUUUCGCCAAUCGUUUGCACUCGGCACUUCGUGAAACGUAUCAAGCAUUACGUACACAGUACGUCACUGGAAGUGUAGCCGUUCAGGGGCUGCACAAAAUUGGCAUCAAUGAUUUCGAUUUUUCAAAACUGGCCACGCAAUCGGCUUACAAUUUCUUAGACGACAUCAACUCGCUGGUUUAUCCCUCUCCAGUAAGCACGGGAAUAGUGGAAGUUGGGUUCCACUGCCCGCAACAAAAAGCGCUUCCGAGAGAAUACGCUGAGUUCGUCAACGAUCCAACAUCUAGAGGCACGAUUCUAGUGGCGUUUGGAUCGAAUAUUAUUUGGGACUAUGCACCAGCAGAGAUUAUGGCAGCAAUGAUGGAAGCUAUAAAUGGACUAAAUGAAUACAGGAUUGUGUUCUCGUACAAUGGUGACAUGGAACACGUACGCUUUCUCGGAAAGCAUGUCAAAGUUACUAGAUGGGCUCCACAGAAGGAGAUUCUUGCACACAACAAGACCGUGGCCUUCAUCAGCCAUGGAGGAUUGAAAAGUGUAAAAGACGCUAUAUGUGGAGCUGUACCUGUUGUAUACAUACCUCUUUUCGCCGAGCAGUCCCAUAACGGUGAAGUAGCGCGAAUCGCUGGCUUCGCAGAAGUUCUUCAUAAACACCAUCUUACAGCGGAACUUAUCAAGAGAGCAGUGCGGAGAGUUGCA